AUGGGAAUCUGCAUAUCCUCUGCACCUUCAGAGAUACACCAGGCCGACGAUGGCCUUGAAAAUGUCAUGCAUAUCCAAGAAAAUAUUGUUUCUCAUGGAAUUGAGAAGCUUUGUUCUCUUUACUCUAAAGAAGGUAGCAAAGGAGUAAACCAAGACGCUGCUAUUAUUCACCAGGGCUAUGGAAUGGAACAUGGAGCUUUCUGUGGAGUUUUUGAUGGGCAUGGAAAGAAUGGUCAGAUAGUGAGCAAGAUUGUGAGAAACAGGUUGCCAUCACUCUUGCUAAAUCAAAAGAACGCUUUAGCAAAGAUAAAGAUUGUUAGAGAUCACAACAAUGAGAAAGCAGAUGGUGGUUUAGUAUCAUUACCAAGUGAAAGUUAUCAUAAAUGGAAAGAGGCUUGUAUUGGUGCUUUCAAGGUAAUGGACAAGGAGAUCAAGCUUCAAGAAAGUCUAGACUGCUCUUGCAGUGGAACCACUGCAGUGAUUGUUAUAAAACAGGGUGAAGAUCUUAUUAUAGCUAAUCUUGGAGACUCAAGGGCAGUGUUGGGCAGAAUCAAUGAUCAGAAUGGUAUCGUGCCUGUUCAAUUAACCACAGAUUUGAAGCCUGGAGUACCAAGUGAAGCAGAAAGAAUAAGGAAAUGUAAUGGCAGAGUACUUGCACUAAAGGAAGAGCCACACAUCCAUCGAGUCUGGCUACCUCAUGAAGAUUCUCCAGGCUUAGCCAUGUCUCGAGCUUUUGGGGACUUUCUACUCAAAAACCAUGGAAUAAUUGCAUUACCAGACAUAUCUUGUCACCGAGUAACUUCCAAAGACCAGUUCAUCGUCCUUGCAUCAGACGGGGUGUGGGAUGUGCUUAGCAACAAAGAAGUGGUAUCCAUCGUCGCGGCGGCAGAUAGUGAACAGGGAGCAGCAAAGGCAGUGGUGCAGGCUGCUACAGCUGCAUGGAAAAGGAAGUUUACUUCUUCAAAAGUAGAUGAUUGCACGGUGGUUUGCCUCUUCUUACAAAAGAGAAGCCAGCAGUCUGACUUCAUCUUUUAG